CCAUACUGAUUGGGUUCAAGGGCUAGGAGACUGCCCCUGUUCAUCAUGUUAUCGGCAAUGUUAAUUAAUCAUCAUGUCAUUGGUAAUAUUGAUUAAUUUGCUGCCCAUUAAUUUGUAUUCAACUAAUAAACAUCACCACAUACAAAAGUGCUGUACAGAGAGGAAAGUUAACCCCUGGUACACCACAACCACUGAGAUGUUCCCGCAAAGCCUGGGAGACAAACUCUUAUCUCCUUGGCUAAGUUGAUUCCCUCAAGAGGAUUAUGGAGAUUGCUGAGGGUCUUUUUAUAGCCUGCCUCGGGAUGGGUUCACUCAGGACACAAGCGGAGAGGACCUUCGUCUAAAUAAAAGCCUCACACAUUUGUGGCCCUAAGAAAGAAAUGGCCUGAGUUCACACGAGCAUCAAAUAUGGAGUCUCGGUGCCAAAGUGUUGCAAGUGUUCCUCCGUUAAGUUCUGGGCUUCCUGACUGGUUCUGCGAGUCGGAGUGAAGUGAAGGAGAAUAGACUUGAGGCACUGACUGGCCCAACAUUUUGCCAAGUAGUUGAAAGAGAAAAGGAAAUCAUGGAGAACUACUUUGGCCCCGUGGACUAUGUGGUCUUCGGCCUGGUGCUGUGCGUGUCUUCUGCCAUUGGCCUCUACUACAGGUUCACCGGGGGAAAGCAGAAGACCUUUAAAGAAUACAUGAUGGCUGACAAUAGCAUGUCGGUGCUGCCUGUGGCGUUCUCCCUCAUGGCCUCCUUCAUGUCCGCCAUCACUAUCCUGGGCGUGUCCAAGGAGAACUACAUGUUUGGGACACAGUUCAUCGUCAUCAACUUCUCCUACCUCAUCUCCACCCCCAUCGUCUGCUACCUCUACCUCCCCGUCUUCUUCCGGCUACAGAACACCACUGUCUAUGAGUACCUGGAGCGAAGGUUUGGCCGCCUGACCCGCACCUGUGCCUCCCUCGCCUUCUCCCUGCAGAUGACUCUCUACAUGGGAAUCGUCCUCUACGCACCGGCUCUUGCACUCUCAGCCGUCACAGGCAUACGGCUUAAUGUGUCCAUCCUCACCGUGGGUUUCGUGUGCACCUUCUACUCGGCUCUGGGGGGCAUGAAGGCCGUCCUCAUCACCGACGUGUUCCAGUCGAUCCUCAUGUUCACGGCCAUAUUUGCCGUCAUCACUCGGGGUGUUAUGGAUUUCUCGGUUGCGGAGAUAUUCAGGAUCGCGGAUGAAGGCGACAGACUAGAGUUCUUCAAUAUUUCCCCGGACCCUCGUGCGAGGCACACACUGUGGAGUCUUGCCAUUGGUGGCUGCUUCACCUACUGCUCCCUGUAUGGCGUGAACCAGGCACAGGUCCAGCGGCUCCUAACCAUCAAGGACUUGCACCGUGCCCAGGCUUCCCUCUGGAUCCAGUGGCCCAUCCUCACGCUGUUGAGUCUGUCCACCUCAUUUGCCGGCCUCGUGCUCUAUGCCCAGUUCAAGGACUGUGACCCUCAGAAGGACGGCCGUAUCAGCGACUCUGACCAGUUGCUACCUCUGUAUGUUGUUGAGACGAUGGGGAUGGUGCCUGGACUCUCGGGCCUCUUCGUCUCUGGGAUCUUCAGUGGCUCCCUCUCGACCGUCUCCUCGGCACUCAAUUCCCUGGCCGCUGUUACCUUCCAGGACUACAUAAUGCCUUGCCUCCCGAGUCACUCCAGCAUGCGUGAGGAGUUCGCCACGAGGAUCAGCAAAAUUCUGGCGUGUGUGUACGGGGUGGUGUGCAUGGUGAUGGCCUUCCUCAUCCCCCUGGUGGGAACGGGGGUACUGCAGGCCUCACUCACCAUCUUUGGGGCUGUCGGCGGACCCCUCCUGGCGCUCUUCACCAUGGGAAUGCUCUGUAGAUGUGUCAACCAGAAGGGUGCCAUGUCUGGACUACUCUGUGGCCUUAUCCUGACGCUGUGGAUUGGCUUUGGUCAGCCGAAGCCAAAGCCGCCCUUCAAACCUCUAUCAGUCGAGGGUUGUCGUGCCAAUGCCUCCCUGAUUGAUAAUGGUCAUGGUAUUGGGAACUGGAGCAUUGCUGAAGAUGAGGCUUAUUUUGAUGGAUUUAGUAAUGCAUCCACGAUUACGCUAUUUGAAGAUGAGGUGGAAAUGAUGACUGUUCUUGUGCCUGGGUCCAAUGGCACAGUGCCUGGACUCAACAACACAGUGCCUGAGGAAAGCACCCCCUUCCUACACAACCUGUAUGCGAUAUCGUACAUGUGGGUGGCGGCCGUUGGGUUCCUGAGCACAAUGGUGGUGGGCGUCGUGGUCAGCAUUCUCACGGGAGGCAACAAGAUACUGGACAGGGAACUCUUCUCCUCGUGGGUCCACAUAGAAGACCCCGCCAACAGCGCUGCCUCCCAGAACUUGUGUGCUGAUAAGUUUGAUCGGGCGAGCUGCGGUGACGUGAUUCCUGUGUCCUCAAGUGACAAACUCACGCCAGAUGACAGAGAAAUGUCCAACCUGUGAGGGUAAUGAGGAUAGGAAGCAAAACUGACAACACAUUGUGAUGGUGACUGAAGUUUUGACUUAAUUUAUUGUCACAUGAAUUUUUACUUUGUAGUAGUGAGUUAGUUUUUGUUAUCUAGUACAAUGUUUUUAACAAAGA